AGUCAGACACAAAGGAAGAGGAAAGGAAGCAAAACAAAGCCAGGAAGACUCAUAUAAAAGAAAACAUGAUGUGCAUUCACUGACAAAACUAUAAAAGCAUUCGUCUGUAUGCAGUAAACUCGUGCAGUCGCCACAAAGCGCCGCAGCUCCUCGGGAUGAACGGGAACUGUCCCACGGCGGGCGGUGUGCUGUCGCUGGAGGGUCUGCCGCCUCUGCCCAAAGGCCUCAGCGGGAUCCUGAACUCCAGCGGCGGCUCGUGGAGGGACAUGGAGCGGGUACACGCCAAGAGGGCCCGUAUCCAAGCCGACAUGUCCCGGAGCGGCACCGACGCAGCGCGACAGCCGCCGGGGAAGAGAGGAGGGCUGGACGCAGCGCUGGCUCUGCUCCGGAAAGAAAUGGUGGGUCUGCGUCAGCUGGACAUGUCCCUCCUUUGUCAACUCUGGUCCCUUCACGAGUCCAUCCAGGAGUACAAGGGCUCCUCUAUGCUCCACGAGGGCUCGUUCAGCACCGAAAACGUGUACUCCGACGAUGAGGAAGAGGAGGGAGGAGAGGAGGAAGAAGAGCUGUCCCAACCUCCCCGCACCACCACACCUCUGUCUCUCCCUCCUCUCAGCCAUAACUCUCGGGACCAGUGGAUAAAAGACUCCUUCAAAAUACCAUGAAGAAAUAGAAGGAAUAUACUCAAGAAAUAUGCUACAUACAAUCAACACCAACUAUUUUUUAUAUUUACGUUUAAAGUUUUAAGUUAACGUUUUAUUUUAUGUCUCAUUUAUCAAACUCCAUUAUCUGAGCAUGUGUCUUCACCGUUUUAGACAAUUGAAUGUAGACAGCUAUGCAGUAUUUUGUUUUCAGGGACCAGCACGUCAAAUUGACACUUUAUGUUGCAAAAAAAUCAUGAAUAGAAAUGUAAUUGAUUCACAUGUUUUAGGUGGGUCGGACUAAACGUUUAGAUAAUAAUAUUAAAGUGCACUUCUGUAUUUAAAUACUACAAUGUUACGCCAU